GGCAACACAUGACUUCCGGGUUGGUCACACGGUCAAUGACAUCAGUGCCGACGCUUAGUGUCAUGGUUCUACACAUGUAACGUUACCGGCUUUUAAAAAAAACUUCAGGUUUAGACUCGAAUUUACAGUGAAUACUUGAAAAUCGUGAACGCAGUUUUAUUCGUACAUUUUUAACGCAUCUCCUGGAUCUCCGUCAUCCGCGAGCGGUAUUUAUCUCGCUAGCUAGUUUAGUUAGCAUAGCUAGCGUAGCCCGUGAACUUUUGUCAUCCUUGCCCUGGUUCCUCUUUAAACCGUGUACACAAGCUAAAUAGACAGUGAAACCAGACGAAUACAAAAUCAAAAAUCAGGUUGUUAUAUGAUAGGGCUUUAAUUUACCAGCUGGUUAUUUAACAUCGCCAUUUAAGAAGUUCGACGUCAUUGUGGCGUUCGAGGUCAUUCUGUAGCUUCCAUCGAAGCCAGCUGUUUUUUAGGGGAUACACCAUGAAGAGUCUGCCGUAUUUCUGCCGAGGAGCGGUCGUUCGAGGAUUUGGAAGGGGAAGCAAAGAACUUGGCAUCCCCACGGCUAACUUUCCGGACUCUGUGGUGGAGAACCUUCCAGCAGAUAUCAGCACCGGGAUCUAUUAUGGCUGGGCCUGUGUUGGGAAUGGAGAUGUUUACAAAAUGGUGAUGAGCAUUGGCUGGAACCCCUACUACAAAAAUACAAAGAAAUCUAUGGAGACUCAUGUGAUUCACAAAUUCAAAGAAGACUUUUAUGGGCAGAUUCUCAGUGUCGUCAUGGUUGGCUACAUCCGUCCAGAGAGGACUUUUGACUCACUUGAGGCUCUCAUUGUGGCAAUCAAUAAUGACAUUGAAGAAGCCAAAUUAAAGCUUGAGCUUCCAGAGCAUCGCAAACUCAAAGAAGACAACUUCUUCAUCAGUGCCGCCAGUUCAUCUCCAGUCUCCUCCACCACCCCAUCAACGUCGGAAACCAUAGCAAACGGUCACUGACAGCUGGCUGUGAGAGCCGCACAUUGCAUGUGUUCUCAUACAAAUGUUGCAUUUAAUGCAGCCUUGUUCUGAAGGCUGUCAGCUGCUGUUAUGGCUGUACAACCACAAAAGCAGACCAAAUCCUGCUGGGAUUCUUUUUUUAAUCCAAAAUAUGUUCAGCUUCUCAUAAGAAACUGUUCCUGACAGCCACUAACACUAUGUGUGGACACGUCUGACUUCUUCUAUGAAUGUCAUGGGCUCUAUUUUAGGUUUAAAAUCCUUUCUUUUUUCUUUAAAAACAUCAAUGACAGUUUGAUUUUGUUCAUUCAGAGGAUCCAGAUGAAACUCAAAGCUACUGAGUUUACUCUUUUAGUUUUUUUUUUUUUUUUGAGAAACUGAAAAUAUAUUUUUGUUUUGUUCCUUUUACAUAGAUAUCCCUUUAAGUGCUUAUUUAUUAAAUCAUUACCACUCUGCUAUAGUAGAACAGAGCUGGGAAUGGAGCUUUAAAGCCGUGUGCAAAAUCUUUGUGCACUGAAGUUCUAUCAUAGCUCACAUCAGUCAUUUUACUUUUACUUUUUUAAACCGGUUUCAUUCUUUUUCUUGAUGCAUUAAGCUCUGGCUUUUCUCCGAAAGGUGCCUCUGAAGAUGCUGUAAAGCAGGUUCAGAUGCAGGUAUUUUUUUCAGAUCUUACAUAUUAAAAGAGGCAGCAACACUUAUAGUUUCAAGAUAUUUAAUCGUGAAAGGAAAAUGCCCUCUCUUUGCAACUAAUAGUACACUUUUUUUCCAUUUUCCCUGCUGAAGUACACAGCAAAUCCCUAUGCAGGCAUGGGGGUAGAAGCAGACUUCUCACUAAAACCCAUCGUCAGGAUUUAAUGAAACUUUGUGGCAGAAAACGGUGAGUUCAGUAGAGUCAGGUAUGAAGUGGAUUCUCAAUCAGCCUUUUUAUGCUGUCAGGAAGCAUUUGAAACAAACCUACCUUGGUGACUUAUCAUGUUUAGCUGAUAGGAUGUAAACGACUGGAUAAAAGCCAGAAUAUUCAGGCAACUUUAAUUGUAUUAAGAAGCAAUGAUAGAUUUGAAGCCUGUUGGUAUGUCAGUCUGAAAUCAUACAAUAAAGUUACAUUAAUUGACAAAUAAUAAAGCCUCUGUCAAAACAGUCUUUGAUGAAAUAUCUGUGUACAAAGUGUUUAAACUUUGGAUUCAUUUCUGUAAACUGUUCAUGCAGCAGAAGAUGUGACCUUUUCACAAAUAACCAUGGAGUUUUUAUGGUUCUCCUACAUGAAGCACUAAACUUUUGUUAAUUCUUUGGUUAAAGCUGAAGCAGUUUGUUGCUUUGUCAAACAUGUUAUAGAUUUUAGGAUUUAAAUCUUGACUGUAUCAGAUGACUGUUUUGGUUUCAUAUGUUUGCUUUACUGAAAACUUCCCAUCAACCAGUUUACACAAUUUUAUGUAAUAAAAUUUCAAUCAAC